AUGACGUACGACUUGUCGCGACUGACACAAGACAACAUUCCACACGAUAAUUCGGAGCCGUCACCCAAGCCGUUGGUACUUAAUCAGUGGCCUGGCGUAUCGGACCAAAAUGGAAACACGAGUCACGAGAUUCCCUCGCAACGUCGGCGAUGCACAAUCAGCCGAUCUUCUUCGAUUGACUCGAUUUCUGGGGAAGCCCUCCUCGCCGACUACUGUUCCUCAGAUGAACUCGACAAGUUAAGCACAGCUCUCAGUGAAGUGUCUUCGGAAGGAAAUAAUGAACAUUCUACCGCACUUCUCUACGACUUGUUCCAAGCACAAUUGGCUCUCUGGACUUGCGCAUUUUCACUGCUCUACUCGUAUGCCUGGAUGCAGCAUCGCAAAAAAUUCCUGCUCAGCAUCUUCAUCGUGGUGCCAGUGACAUUCACUCUGACAUGCGCCAUGUCUUGGCUUCUUUCCUGCAUCGUCAUCAUCGGACGUAUCUUUUCGACUCCCGUGGAUUACAAGCACUACUUUGAUUUGUCGCGUCAUGGAGGUCUCGAUUUCGAUCGUGAAUCAGUUUGCGAAGCUUUCCGGCAGCGCAGCAUGUCCGGUGCUUCUUCUUCCUCCUUCCAAGACGAGUCGACUUUGCCAAAACCGUUGUGCAGAAGACACAGCUCACACACAUCGCUCUGCAGUCGUCCUCCAUCGGUGAACCGGAAGCUCUCCUACGUUUUCUCUCAUCACAAUCAGCAAUCGCAAUCGAACGAAGACGAUAAAGAGAACUGA